UCCGGGCCACGGACUUGGAAUCGCUGACCAAGAAGAAGCAGAGAAAGGACAAGGCCCUGAAUCUCUAAUAUUUUUUUGUCUUCGGUUUCAAAAUUUUCUUUAUUUCUCUGUUUCUUAUCAAGGACAAGGCCCUGAAGGAAAAAACUCGUGCUGCUUCUGUCCAUUCUGUGCCCAAUCCUCCCGUGCUGAACACUACCCCUCUUGUUCCUGAGAUUCCUCAUCAGGACAAGAGGAAGUGUUGGCCGAACAUGAGAUCUCUUUCUUUCAGAAGCAAACUGAAGCAAUGAAAGGGGAGAAACCCCAGGCUUACUUAGACUUCAUUGAGAAGGCACCGCUGAGGACAAUGUUGUUAAACCAGCUCCCUUCCUACCUCUGCCCAAUAGCCCAAGUUGCCAAUAAGAGCUGGCAGGCAAAACAUAACCACUAUCUUUCUUCCAUGGAUGCUCAGGAUGCUAGCCUGAUGGCUGCAAUCUACAAUGCUCGUGCUACAAUAUGUUCCAUAAAAGCUGCAAGAGAAACCAAGCAGGAAAGGUUUGCAAGUGAAAAUGCCAAUAAAAGCUGCAAGAGAAACCAAGCAGGAAAAGUUUGCAAGUGAAAAUGCCAGAAAUGUUGCACAGCGCGCUUUUGAAGAGGAAAGGGCUAGCCAUAGCCGCUCCGUGAUAAACCUUACGUCAACUCUUGAACAAGCGAAGAAAUAUUGGGAAGCGCUGGGAGAGAAGCGUGCGAGGAUUAAGGAUCUGGGGCUGAAGCUUGCAUCUACGGAGGCUAGGCUAAGGGGCCUAAGCUUGGAGGUGUUGGUGGCAAGCGUUAUAACUUCACUUUUCUGUUUUAGAUGCGACAGCAUCUAAAAUACUGAGAAAUUAACGCUUCCAGCACCACGUCCAAAGCUUAGGAUCCUUGGGUAUAGCACCCUUGGGCACAUUGCUCUUAGAGGCCUUCUGUGACUUGGACAUCAACUCUGCUUUCUUCAACCACAUAGGAGACUGAGCGAAUAAAUCUGAUACCCUUCCCUGGUUAUAUCUUGGCACCACUAAAUCGGCAAAGCUCUGUCCUGACAACCCAUAAUUAACAGGUGAGACAAACAAAAGAA